AUGAAAAUCUCACUUGAAAAAGCCCAGCGUCUCGCCGACGACGCCCUCCAGCGCAUAGGUUACCCCGACACCGACAUCCCCACGAUCCGCGACCACCUCCUGGACAGCGAGCUCCGGGGCUACGGCAUCGCGGGACUGGCACGGAUACUGAGCAUCGCCGACCGCCUUGCCGCGCAACCACAGUCUGCCACACCCACACCGACCCCAGCCUCGUCAUCAUCAAUCACCACGACAUCCGAAUCCGCCACGACGGCGCAACUAGACGGCAAGGACGCGCUCGGCUACCUCGUCGCGCACGAGGCGACGAAAGUGGCCAUCGAGAAGGCGAAAUCCUCGGGCAUCUCGGCCGUGGGGGCCCACAACACGUACUACACCGGCAUGUUGUCUUACUAUGCCGAGAUGGCGGCCGCGGCGGACCUGGUCACGAUCAUCGCCUCGAACUGCAGCCCCUGGGUGGCGCCCGAGGGGACGUACAAGCCGCUCGUGGGCACGAAUCCGUUCUGCAUCGGCGUGCCGGCGCCUACCGACGAAGCCACACCCAUCAUCUACGACAUUGGCACGUCGCGGAUCAUUCACGCGCAGGUCCUCCUGGCGAUGCGCAAGGGGGAGCAAUUGCCCCCGGACACCGCGUUCGAUGAGCACGGCAAUAUGACGACGGACCCCCACGAGGCGCUGAAGGGCGCGCUGGCAGUGUGGGGCGGUGCAAAGGGGAGUGGGCUCGCGAUUGCGGUGCAAUUGCUGGGCAUUUUGGCCGGGUCGCCUGCGUUGCCGCCUAAUUUGGAGGACUUUGGGUUCUUCAUCAUGGCGAUUGACCCGGCGAGGUUCAGACCCAUGGGCGAUUUCAAGCGUGAGGUCGGGAACCUGAUCACGGCGUUUCACACGGCGCCGUCCAUGACAGGGAAUGCCCUAAGGCUGCCGUUUGAACGGUCCAACCGGCGCAGGGCAGAGACGAGGGCUGGAGGGUUUCUGGAGGUUGAUGACAUUGUAGUGGAGAAGCUGGAGAAGUUGAUCUCAGCAGCUCAAUGA